UUGAUAGUACUGUUCGACAUCCCGCAAAAUAAACACACAGGUUAUUACCGAGUCGUGUACGUCCCUUUUUGUUUAUUCCCAGUUCGAAAAAAGCGUUUAUUCUCAGGAGAAAUCGAAGGAGCGAGGCCAUACGCCGGCUUCCAACGCCGCGGAGCCGGCAUAGCGCAGCGCCAACGAGAACUUCAACCAGAUCCGUGCCGGCAAUCGUGGUGUUUAGUCAGAUUUGGGCCGCUCCAAAUUGCAGACGUUGACGUCUCCCUUUGCAGGAACUUUUUUCUUUAAGUUAAGGAUGUAUACAAAGUUGACCGUGGAAAUUAAGAAAAGUGUUGUUACGAAGGCAGUUUUCUUCACGUUGUCCUCUGAUAUAUCGUUUGUGUUGCAUAUUCCGUGCGUGCGGAAAAAACUUUUCAAUUGAACUCGGACUCGUACAUUAUUUGUAUAUCUGCAAAGUUUAGUGCUUUACUGAUUUUCGACGACUACCUCAGGAUUUAAGCAGCUGCCGAUUCGCGUAUAGAGCGUCUAGGGAGUGCUACCCCCCGACCCAGGGCAAAUUUGUGAUAUUAGCGUUUAGAGACACCGUAGAAAUAAAUACUAGAAUAGUUUAUUAUUAUCAAGAGUAGUGCAGAUAGAAUAUGAUAGAUAAGAUGGCGGAUUCGUAUUACGAGAUGCGACCGCUCACCGCCGAACAGUUCAGUACUUCGCCCGUCAUCAGUUUCUUGGACGACACAGACGACAAAAACUUCUCCGACGACUAUCACUUCCUAUCCGACGACCACUGGAAAAAAUUCGAGCUCGACUUCCCCGAACUGUCCAACAUCGACGACAUCGUCAAAGAACUCACCACCUGCGACAACUCUUCUCUCGAUUGCUUAUUGAACACGGACGACCCGAACCGCGUCUUCCUCAACAACCACGACUGCAUGUGGGCGGGGCAUUGCGGCAGCAAAGAGCACGCCGAAGAGCCUAAAUCGAAUCUAGGCUUUUUCGUGCCGAAACCCCCCGUUUUAAAACCGGCGGAACUUAAACCGGCCACUGCUACCAAACUCUGCGCGACCGGUAAACAACAGAGCUUGUUAAAACCAUCAGUAAAAGCGAUGACUACCACUACAAACACCUUCAUACCGUCUUGUUCUACGAGUAUAAUCCAGCACACUCCUCAGACGCCGCCGGAGUCUGAUGACGAGGAGAACAAAGAUGUUCUGCUGAAGAUAUUGAAGGAGGCUAUCGACGAUUGCGAUCUGGAGGACGACAGCGACUUGUGCAAGUAUCUCGAAGAUAAGGAGGUGGGGGUUAAAGAGGAACAUAUCGAUAUUAAGGAAGAACCGUUGGACGACAUUGUGGAGGAGGAAGAAGAAGCCGAAUACGUAGAAGAAGAAGAAGAGGAGGAGGAAGAAGAGUCGAUGAGUUAUCUAGACGCCGAACAAUUACGGAUACGUAGCCAGUUAGCGGCUGAGAACGAUCACAGUUAUCACAAGGAUCGGAACGCUGCGAUGAGAUUGAACAAUUACGGGCUCGACACUCCUUCUGAAUCAGAAGAAGAAGAAGAGAUCGACGUGGUCUCGGUGACAGACAAAUUCGGCUCGAAUGCCAGCCGCAUGGUACUAUCCUUGCCGACCAACCCAUCCCACACCGACCGGCACAAUCUCCAGAGAAGAAUGGCAACCGCCAUGUCCAGAAAACACAUGGGCGACGGCAUCAAGACCCUACUUCCGGUCAGAAACCCCGUACCCAACGGUACCAUCGCCGCUCCCAAGCCCGGACGCGUCGGUAAAAGAGGCAGAGGCACGCGCACCAACGCCGGCUACAAGCGCAGAAGAAUGAACGACACCAACCGGGAACCCACCGACAAGCGCCACCUCCACAACGACAUGGAGCGGCAGCGCAGAGUCGAUCUGCGCAUCGCAUUUGAAAAUUUGAAAUCAGUGGUGCCCGAGGUGUCCGGCACCAAGAAGAUCGCUAAAGUGAACAUUCUGCUGCAAGCGGCCCAGUACUGCUACUAUUUGACUGGGUCCAGCGCCAACUACAACAAACAAUUGGAAGAUUUGAGAAAGAGACAGGUGUGGCUGCGCCAGAGGGUCUCGCAGCUGCGCAGAAACCUAGCAGCGCGUCGUUGAACGGCUGCGCGGAACGAGUUUUCGUCACUGUCCUGCACGAUUUUGCAUCUACGUUUGGUUUGGAGCGGUACCGAGAAGCGGUGAAAGUUUUUAGUGAAUUUUCUAGCCGGAUUUUUUUUAUAUAUAUUACCUAUAGAUCGAUUUUUACGAUUAACUGUGAUUUAAUUAUAUAAAAUUUAAAAAAUAUGGGGAAAAGAAUACUAUUUUCGUUUUUCUUUAUUGUAACUUUGUUAAUUUUAGGUCGUAAGGAUUUUUAUAUAGAAUGUUUUUAAUUUGCAUUAGUUUACUGACUUAUUGUUUUUUUUUAAUUUUUUGUGAUGAAAUGACAUACGAUUGUGAUACCGCUAUAAUCCUAUUUAUUUCUUUUUCUUCAACUCGAACUACCAUAAGUCCAAUUAACACACGUAUACAGACAAAUAACAUGACAGUUGAAAUAGUUAUCAGCUACGCGUAGUGGUAUUAUCGUAACCAAUGAAGUUUAAAUAGCAGAAUUCAAAUUGAGCAAGGAGUUAAAUUUAUCAACUUUUUUGUUUAGAAACUUAUCAGUUUUCUAAAACUCAGAUUAAAUUUAGACUACUAAAUAAAUUUGACAUAUUGUUCGUUGGGAUUUUUGUCUAAAAUCUAGAGUAAACUUAUAAUUUAGUAAGAUAUUAGUCUUAUCUGAAGUUUACACUUGAAUAUAUUGGAAAUACAUUACAUGCAUAUAAUAUGCAUAAAUUAUUUAACUAUAAAGUAUUCAUCUAAAUAUAAUAUUAAAUAAAUUAGUUAAUAAUUAUAAAAUUAGAAAUUGUUGAAUUAUAGUAUAAAUUGAUAUGAAAUUUCAACAAAAAAAAUUGCUAGGGGAUAUCUCAUAUUUAACUCUUAUGUUAUUUAUCUGUAUAAACCAACAUUAAAACACGACAAACUGCAAUCUGUGCUGUCGGCUAUAUAUCUUUUUUUUUUGUAAAAGUUAAGUCUCGAAAUUAUUUCUAUUUAUUUUUCUUUUUGCAAAUUUUUUAACCGAUAGUUUGAUUGCAACGACACAAUAGAACCAGUUUAUUUUUUCAAAUUGCCACAGUAAGUAUGUACAUUUCCUUUUACAAAUUAACAUAUCUUUCUAUGUAAAAUGUUCACUGCGAUAUCUGACACAAGCAGAAACUGACAAGGAUUUGGUAACUUAAACUAGUUAGCGAUAUCCACGUCAAAUAUACAUACAUUUUCUGUGAUAGGAAAGAAUGUUGUAUAUAGUUCUGUUAUAUUAAUUCAUUCAACGUUUUGGAUGAUAAAUUUGAAGUGAAUUCUGCUUAAGUUUAAUCAAAGUGGCUGUUAUUAUUGGUGCGAGAUGCGCAGAUUCGUUUUGGUGUUCUAUAUCAAAAUUGUUUUCGCGCAUAAACAUGAAGUAUACUUUCGAGUAGUUAUGUAUAGUAUGUUUUUUUGGAAGGAGAAUAUUUAGAUAAUGUUUUUUUUUUGUUAUUUUUUAUACGUCAGAUAUCGCAGUAGUACGCUGUGUGAAAUAAAUAGUCUCUAUUCUGAAAACUUUCAAAAUAUUGAAUAUGCGCAGAACAGAUUUUUUAUUUUCGCGCCAUUUUGUAUUUUUAUUAGUUAAGGAUUUAUUUACGCUUUUUAAAAUUAAUGUAAAUACUGUUUAUUAUGGUGUAAACAUUUUAUAAUGAGAAAAAAUAACUAAAUUUAGGCUUGUAGAGUUUUUUUUUAAUUUUUUGUGAACGGGUAAUAGUAAUUGUACCCGUUCCUAUAAGUAGGAUGUUUUAAAUUUUGUUGGUUCUGUAUAUAGGCCCCGAUCUUUCUUUUUUUAUGUAUAUAAAAAGAGAAAACAUUAAACGAUUGUUUAUUUUUUUCGUUUUGGUUCAGUGACCGUGUUGUCUUUGUCGUGGUCAACCUUCAAAACGCUACUCUCCAGUGCCAUACCAGUGGCUCUACGCAUUGGAUUUCAAUUCCCUUUUGUAUAUGUAUAUAAAUUAAGAUAAAACAUCUUGAUUAUUAUUAAUUAACUUUUUGUUAGAGUGUUUAAUCGUCGACACCGCAGUAGCAAGGUUUUUGAAGGUGCCAAAACAGCUGUGUUGCUCAAAUGUGUCGAUUUUUUUUAUUUUUAACAUAUGAACCGGUCAAGUGUCACUGAAAAUGACACGAUCAAGUCAAGAAAGAAAAUACAACCAACAUAUUUGUUUGGAUAAAAAGAAAUUGUUAGUAUGUUAUUGUUCUAAAUAAUAAUUGCUCAGUGACAAUUGGCCGAGUUGUGUGAUUUAUUCGGUUUCUUAUUAUUUUUUAUUAUUAAUAUAAGUGUUUCUAUUGUAUACUAUUUCUAUUUUUAUUUAGCUGUAGUAGAAAAUGAAUUAAUAGGGCGCCUGCGCACGAAACAGCUGUUUUUCCCAAGUCUUCCGCGCAGGCGCCGAGUUGCAUAAGAGUCGUGAGAUAAAGAGAAUUGUUGUGUUCAUAAUAAUUAUACAGUAUUUUAUACUUUUGAUAAAAUAUUAACUAGAACAGAAAAACGAAAUAAUGAAAAAUAAAAGUGAAAAAAAAAUUAGAAAAACCGAAAACGACAAAAAAAUCUUAUUUAAACUAAAUGUGAUAAAUUUUGAAUAAGACGAAUAAUUCUUUUCUGUUUUUGUUCUUUUACUAUUAAAACAAGCUCACCUGAAUUUAGUUUCGUUAAGAUGAAGAUUUUUUUUUUGAAACAAGAUUAAUUAUACACGUAAAAAAGUAAAAAGUUUCAAUCUGUACCUGCCGCCUGACCUCGCUGUUAACCAAAAAUAAAGAAAAAAAAAGAAAAAAAAUAUAUAGUUUAUUACAAAAUAACAGGAAAAUACCGAGAUAUAUUUCCCGCUUUAUAAUCGUCUUGUUAGUAAAUACAAAAAAUAUAUACAUAUAUUAAAAUAUACGUACAUAUGUGUAUGGAAUAUAUGAUGAAUUGAACGAAUCUUUUGUAACAGGGCAAUUCUCUAUAAGCUUAGCGACAUCUAAAACAUAUUGCUACUAGCUAGGUAGCAUGCGUUGAAGCAUUAUGAAUAAUGGUUUUAGCCCUAACUUGUUAUUUUGUACUUAUAUUAAAAGUAAUUUUCUAAUUAUCAUUUAUAGUUAUACAUACUAUCAUUUAUUGGACUUUUUAGUUCCUUUAAGAUUUACAAAUAAAUUUUUGCUUGAGA